AUGAAAAAAAUAAAAAUUCUAAAACGAGGGCGGGAUUUAAAUUCAAAACCAACUCGAUUCCUGCUGCUACAAAUUGAGCUAAGGAGCGUUCUCUCGAUAUUUACUUACAUUCAACAGCUGUGGAAGCACUUCACACCUAUACAAAUAAACAGAAGAUACAGUGGAAAACUGCGCCACACGGUUGCUACAAUUUUACCUAUAGGCCACCAAGAAUCCUCCUGCACGACAGGCCGCGCGGCAAAUCGCGUAGACUUUGUUAUUAGUGCAGUGUUAGUGAAAAUUGUUGUACAUUGGAAUAGUUUUUAUUUGUGUUUAACACAUCGGAAAAUUGGCAUUUGGAACGUCUUUGAUUACGCAUGUCGAAACAUGGUGAACGUAGGCAACAAUACCACAUCAUAUGAUGAAGUUUUGUAUUCUACCGAACUUGUACAUCAAAGGGAAUCUACCGGCGUAUUGAUCACAGAGACAUGGUCGACACAGAAAUGCUUGGAACACAACAUUGUAAACACGUCCAGCGACGAGUUGACGAACAGAAUUUUCUUCUACAACGGGACCGAAGUUAUGUGUUUAGAGCCCGCCCCUAUUCUAACGGGGAGCACAAUAAUACGCGCCAGCAUUUUAUCAGCAAUGGCGAUGUUAUCAUUUGUGGGUAACUUCGCGACGAUGAUAAGCGUUCAAAGAGGAAAGCGGGGACGGCGGAGGACGCGGCCAUCUUGGACGGCGAUAUACAGCCUGAUAUUUCAACUGAGCAUAGCGGAUUUGCUAGUCACGAUAUUUUGUAUAGCCGGCGAGGCGGGGUGGUCGUUUUCAGUGCAGUGGUAUGCCGGGAAUGUUGGCUGCAAACUGUUUAAAUUCCUCCAAAUGUUCUCAUUGUAUCUAAGCACGUUCGUUCUUGUCCUUAUCGGGGUAGAUAGAUGGUUAGCUGUGAAAUAUCCCAUGAAAAGUAUGGCUACAGCCACGAGGAGUACUAGAUUAGUAAUCAUCGCUUGGAUUCUAAGCUUUUUAUUAAGUUUGCCUCAGACUAUAGUAUUUAGAGUGGCAAAAGGACCAUUUGUUGAGGAGUUCUAUCAAUGUGUUACUCAUGGAUUUUACACGGAGAGGUGGCAGGAACAAGCGUAUACUACACUGUCCCUGGUUUUCAUGUUUAUUCUUCCACUGAUCAUACUGCUCAGCACAUAUGUGUCUACAGUUAGAACUAUAGCAAAAAGCGAAAAAGUAUUUCAACCUGAAACAAGACGAGAGAAAUAUCUAACCCCCGACAUGAAUCGAAGGAGACUCAUAGACCGAGCCAAAAUGAAAUCGCUUCGAAUGUCAGUGGUUAUCGUAGCCGCAUUUGUGAUAUGGUGGACACCGUACUAUAUUAUGAUGAUAAUAUUUACCUUCCUUAAUCCGGAUAAACGACUAAGCGACGAGUUACUUUCCGGUAUAUUCUUCUUCGGAAUGUCCAAUAGCUUAGUGAAUCCUGUUAUUUAUGGCGCAUUCCACUUGUGGCCGAAAAAACGCCCUCGCUACAGCGAUAAGGAUUCAGGUGGGAAGCAUGGUUCCUUAUUCCGACGAGGCGACCCGACCUCUUCAAUUCGUCUGACAACGAUAAGAUCUUUGCGAUCUUCAGCGAAAUACACAAACGGCCAGCACAACAUGAGUAUAUUAUAA